CUACCUUUGAUCGCCCAGAAAUCGAGACAACUCGGUCGCGAUUGCCUCUUGACAGUUCAAUUUUCCUCCUUCCAUAACAUCAUCAGUGCCAAAUGACAACAACGGCGAAACCGACUACUCACUAUCUCCGAAAGGAUUCAGGCAUCGAACUCGAUGACAGAUACGAAAAGACGUCCUUCCUCUCCCUUCCAGCCGAGAUAAGAACUCAAAUCUGGAAACUCGUCUUUGAUCCAGAACAAAGCUAUCAGGAUGCCUUUUCAUGUUCGAAAUGUGUCGAUUCACCUUCAGCUCUUCAAGAAGAUUACUGGGCAUCGAUAUACUUGCAACCACUACUCACAUGUCGCCAAUUCUAUCAAGACGCACAUCUCCUCGCUUUCUCGCGAACAACAUUUGUGAUUCGAAACCCAUACACUGUUCUUGAUAUUUCAGGUCGUAUGAACUCGACUCUACGUCCCGCUCAGAUUUCCUCUCUUCGAAGUGUUGCGAUUAUCUCCGAAGCACGUCACUUUCGUCAAAUGCAUCAUUGGAAGAACCAUGCGUUUGGCAUACCUGCACUUCGACUUGACGAUAUGACAAUUAUUCUGCAUCGGUCUUCGUAUUGGCACUACCUUUUCGACUUCAAUGUCAUGAUGACGCAGAUGCUGAGAGACUUUAGCGGUGUCAAGAAGAUCUGCUUUGUGAGGAAUCAUGCGAGAGUGAAGCCUCACUUUCACACUUGGUUCAAUCGAUUUGUGGGGGCGAUGAUGAGACUUGACAGAGUGGAGAGGUUUGGAAGGAGAGAUUGUAAGGCCGAGAAGACGUGGUGGGAGUGGUCAUUUGAUGGAACCAAGCAGGCUGCGACCUUGGUAAAGGUGCCGAGUAAAGAUGCUGGUUUGGACGUUGAGGCGUAUGAUGAGCAUAUGGCGCCCAUGAUGGAGUGGCUGAAGAGGAGUAUGGAGGUGGAGGAGUACGAUCCGGAUCCAAUGUCGAGAUUAGGGUUUGUUUGAAGCUUGCACGUAUUCUAGCUAGCAUUUGAUUAAUUGUUAUCGUAAUUUCAUGUCAAUGGCGUAAGUCAUUGAACAUGGUUGUUACUGGAUGGUUGUAUACUGUAACAAGAUGUUCAAUCCAUACCUUGUUCGAGCUUGGUGGUUUGAUAGGCA